UAUGAGAUAUAUCCAUUUGGUAUUGAAAGCAAGGUCAGCGUCUACUGUGACAUGAUGACAGAAGGUGGAGGAUGGACAGCUAUCCAGAAACGGGUGAGUGGUUCCGUGAGAUUCAGCAGAACCUGGGCGGAGUAUAAGGACGGAUUAGGUAACGCUACAGACUCCUACUGGAUAGGAAAUGACGUAAUAAAUCAGCUUACAAAGGGAAGGAACUCCUCCCUCUACGUCUGCAUCACACUGACUAAUGGGACAAAACUCUAUGAAUUAUACAACCAGUUCUCUGUUGCUGAUGAAACCAACAACUACAGACUUUUUCUUGGAGGACCAGCCACCGGGACACUGGGAGACAGUAUGUUAGACACGGGGGAUUCGGACGGUGAUCUGUCUGGGAUGUCGUUCUCCACCCCAGACAGGGAUCACGACAGAUCUGGAUCUACCUGUGCCGCUCUCUAUAACCGUAGAGGAGGCUGGUGGUUUAACUCAUGUCACCUCGCCUUCCUUAACGGACCCUGGUCCCCGGGGUCCUGGACCAACCCAUGGUAUCCUACAGUGACUGAUGGUAGAGAGAUAAAGGAGACUCUUAUGAUGAUAAAACCUCACUGACUUUUUAUAUUAUUCUUUUAUUCAUACUUGUUCACACAUGUUAUAAAAAGUUAAAUACUUUUACAGUAAAUGAUAAUGACUUUUUC